AUGUUCCCCACGGCAGUCCAUGUCUCGCAUCACAUGCACUCACCUCUCAUCAGCUGGGAAGGAGUAGCGGAUCCGGAAACAGCCUUGAAAAGGCUUGGCUUCGUUGAGGCACCGAAGAUUGUUUGCUCGCUCCUGGAUCACUCUGAAGACCACUUGGCGGACGCUUCGGUACCUGGAUCUGACAGUGACUGCAGCAUUUCCAGCAUCACUUCAUCUUCUCCAAAAUCCAACCGGUCCAGUUUUCCUACUCUGACCUCCGAUGAUUACCCCGUUAUACAAGUAAAUGACACCGACUCUACAUGCCACGGACUUGAUGCACUUACUUUCAACGCCCGAAGCGAUAUUCCUCCACUGAGUCACGGCCAUGAUGAAUCGCCUAUCAAUCUCGGGAAAUACCGCAACCAUGGCGCUGCACCAUCCAAUGCUCGAGCUAGUCGAGACCGGCCUUCUUUCUCCACAACAGUAGUCGUCAAUUUAACUUAUCCCGACAACCUAGCUAUCGCUAAUCGAGCGCCGAAGAGAAAAACUAUCGGCUCAAAAGUUCAUUUUCAAGUCUUGAUAGGAAGUUUAGCGCAAUCUCUCUCUAUAUUCCCCGAGCUCAUCGAUUUAACGAUCCAGCAAAACUCACAGUUAAUCAAGUUGUCACCCAUCGCCUCCCCUCACCAACUCGGAUUUUCAGGCGGUUUGACGGUCCAAGUCUGGGUGCGAGAGCUGCCCACAACAGCGCCCUCAACUCUACCUGCUUCUCUCGAUCAACCCCGUCGGAUUCCAGGUACGAAAUGGAUCCACAGUUUUCCAUCGAUGAAAUACAAAUUCGGUCUUCCAUCGUGUCCUAAGUACUCAGGCAAUCCCGUAUCAAUUUAA